AUGAGGGCUACUCCUAGUGCCCUUUUGGCUCGGCGAUCCUGGACCUGCAUUCAAUGCAGAGCCUCGUCCUCAUCAGCGGGCGCGCAACUCCGCAAACCCAAGAACAAUCUCCCCGACGCCCCUGCGCGCACGCGUUUCGCUCCCUCACCGACCGGAUAUCUUCACCUGGGCUCUCUCCGGACAGCACUGUUUAACUACCUUCUUGCCAAGCGGACUGGGGGGUUGGUCUUCGCAUUCGGAAUCACGCAAGAACGAUUUGCUAAGAGACACAGAAACGGACAAUCCCAGACGCAGAGCAGAGACUAUACGACGACCUACAUUGGGCAGGACUUCAUUGGGACGAAGUCCGAACGGACUGCUCUCUAUCGAACCCACACAAACGAUCUAAUCAACAACGGUCAUGCCUACCGAUGUUUCUGCUCCUCCGAGCGGCUCGACUCCCACGCCCGCCAUCGUAGUCAAGCAGGACUAGCACCCGGAUACGAUCGGAAGUGUGCCGAUAUCUCCCAUGAAGAGUCUGAGGACCGCGCUUCCAAGGGAGAUUCGCAUGUAGUUCGGUUGAAGGUGGAUGGAUACCCCAUGUUCAACGACCUCGUCUACGGCAAGACCGGACAGAACAAGCUCAACGUCAGCAAACUAGACCUAAUCGACCGCGUCUAUGAUGACCCCAUCUUGCUGAAAUCGGAUGGGCACCCGACAUACCAUUUGGCUAAUGUGGUGGAUGACCAUUGUAUGAAAAUUACCCAUGUCAUUCGGGGCACGGAGUGGAUGCCCUCUACGCCAAUGCAUAUGGCGCUUUAUAAUGCUUUCAAGUGGACACCUCCGCAAUUUGGUCACGUCCCUCUUCUUGUUGAUAAGAACGGACAGAAGUUGAGCAAGCGAAAUGCUGACAUCGACCUCUCCUCGUUUAAAGACCAACAAGGAAUCUUCCCAGCUACAUUGGUCAACUUUGCGGCGCUCUUGGGCUGGUCUCAUUCACAAAAGUCCGAUAUCUUUAAUCUUGAAGAGUUGGAGAACAUCUUUAAUCUGAAGAUUACUCGAGGGAACACUGUCGUCGCAUUCGAGAAGCUCUGGUUCCUUCAGAAGGCUCAUGCCCAGCGAUUUGCAGCCGACGGUGGACAUGACUUCGAUCAAAUGGUGAACAGGGUUUCCGCUGUUGUCGAGAAAAGCCAGACUCAAGGUUCCCUUGCUAGGAUCUUGGAAGGUCGUGCACUCAACGAAUAUGUCGCUCCUCUUCUGCAUGCCGAUGCCAAGUCCUACACAACAGCAUCGGAGUUUGUGGAGCGCAACUCCACCUUCUUUACCACAGAACUCGAUCGAUCUCCCUAUACUCCUGCUUCUACUCCCAUCACGUCAUCUGACCCGGCACCAACUCCCACCAUUCCAAUGCAAGCACUCCAUACUGCUGCUGCUGCCUUCGCUCUCGUGCCAUCUGCUCAUUGGACCUUGGAAACGCACCGCAUGAACAUCACUUCAUAUGACGGCUCCGAGUCUGUGGCACUGCCCUCUGAGUUACAAGAUGCACCAAUUGCCCUGGAUAAGCUAUUCAAGAAAGAACUGUACCACUACCUGCGCUGGGCUCUUUCGGCUUCGGCACCAGGGCCUGGUAUUCCCGAGACUCUGGCUAUUUUGGGACGAGACGAGAGCAUGCGCAGGUUGCAGGAAGCGAAGGUUAUGACCAAGUCCUUAAUUCCGGAGACCGGUCGACGAGUUCCCAAGUCCUCUGCCAACAAGGAGAAGGACGCGGACCAGACUUGGAUGGGCUCUCUGGCUCCUGGGAAACAAUAA